UCAGGGAGGCUGCCUAUGAGGCAUGGAGGGCGAGGAAGGGGGCGAGGAAGAGGAGGAGGAGGAGGAGGAAGAGCAGAGCCCCAGCCCCAGCCCCCCGGCCGUCCAGAGGGUCAGCAUUGCGGUGGAGGAGACCAACGUCCUGCCGGGGGCUUUGCAGUUGAUCCGAAAGCUGAGACCGCAAUGGGAGGCCGAGCGAGUCAAGACCAAGGUCUUCACUGAAGGCAUCACCAACAAGCUCAUGGCUUGCUUCACAGAUGAGAACAUGAGAGACGCAGUCUUGGUACGAGUCUAUGGCAGGAAGACAGAGCUGAUUGUGGACCGAGCAAAUGAGCUGAGGAAUUUCCAAGUGCUUCAAGACCAUGGCUGUGCACCUAAUCUCUACUGCACCUUUGAGAAUGGCUAUUGCUAUGAGUUCAUGCCAGGGAAAGCUCUGGGGCCAGAAGAUAUACGACAGCCAAAUAUAUUCAGGCUGGUAGCCCAGGAGAUGGCUAAAAUGCACAGGAUUCACACCAAUGGAAGUCUCCCCAAGCCCUGCCUAUGGCACAGACUGUACAAGUACUUUAACCUCGUGAAAACUGAGUUUGCCAGAACAACAUCAAAUCCCAGGGGGCUGGUUCUUACCCAUUCUCAGGCUGUUGCCUAUAUGGUCCAUCCCAUCUCAUGUUUCCUUCAUCAUCAAUUUAUUCUCUCAGGGCUGAAUGAAGUGGAUUACAGCCUGUAUCCAAGCAAGGAGGUCCAGAUGCAAUGGCUCAGAUACUACUUGCAGGCCUACAAGAAACUAGGCCAGGAGAACCAGGAAGAAGGAAGCAAAAGCAGAGGAGAGAGUAGAGCUGUGCCUGAAGAAGAACUGGAGAGCCUCUAUGUACAAGUCAACCAGUUUGCUUUAGCCUCUCAUUUCCUUUGGGCUUGCUGGGGACUGAUUCAAGCCCAGUUCUCUACCAUAGACUUUAAUUUUGCCAGGUACGCGGACAUAAGAUUUAAACAGUACUUUAAAACAAAGCCUGUGGUGACAUCCCUUAAAAUGUCAAAGUGAAGUUAAAGUCUAAAAAAAUCCUCUGGUACUCAAGAUUCCAUACCUAUUUUCUCUGGUAUAGUGCGCCCGCCACCCUGUCCUCUUGAAGUUGCUUCAUUUCUAAGUGGUCAGACAUCAUGAAACGGGGAUGGAAAAGGAAAGCACACCUUCUAUGAAGCCAAAAAGAGAGAAAAAAUUAAAAGAAGCCUACUGGAACAUGGCUAUGCCAUCCAUGGAUUUCCUGCCACAUGUUGCUUUUAAAAGGUGAUGUUAGGACAUGGCUGCUGGGGAGAGAUUUCAUUCACAGUGCCUGUGCUAUUAAGAAAUACUUCAAAUGCUUCUUAGCUUAAAUAGUGGGUAGCAGAGAUGAGGUGGUUGCUUGGUCAAAAGCAUAUGAAAUCUCUUCUAUUCCUUGGUUGGGAAAAUCCACUGGAUUCUUCUCUUUUGAUCUUGAGCUAAACUGUUGAAUGCUAGCAUCUCUUUUCCACAGUUACAGGAUCUGUAACCGCUUGGAUCUGCUUCCCUCUCUACCCAGAGACAAAUUCCCAACUGUCCCACAGUGUCUUUUGUGAGGUUUAGACAAAGAGCCAAAAACUAAUUAAUUUGCUUGCCCAGCAAUGAUUUUUUCAAAGAUAUAUUAGCAGAAGGAAAGCCCCAAAGAUGAACGAGAGCUGUGUCAUUUGGUCAAGGUGUGAGCUAAUGGAGGGUCCCCCUUGGCCACCAGUUGGAAAGGAGACUGUCAACAUUGCAUGUUUUACUAUAGGUCACAGUCAGUUUUGGCAUACACAUGUAAAUGUCAAAUGUUUGAGAAUCAGUGGAAGGUGUAAGUAAGUACCUUUGGUUCAAGCUACAGUACUUGGAAGAUGACAAAUAGUAAUGCCUAAGAACCAGCCAGAUGAAAACAGAGAGACACACCCUUCAGUAAAAAAAAAAAAGGGGGGGGCUGUAUCAAGUUUACUCAGUGCUCAGUUAUCACAGUCCCAUGUGUGGGACACAUUCACUAGUCUCCCCCCAUUUUGAAUACUGGCAUCUGUCAGUUUCGUGUGGCGCAAAGAUGGUUGCAUUAGUUCCAAGCAGCUUGUCACCUUGUCCAGAUCUGCACCAUCAGUUUGUGCCAUUAAUUUCGAGUAUAUGAAACUAUCCGUUUCCCCAUGAGACUCGAGCAAUUUGUUUUGGUUUUUUUAAAUGGUAAUUUGCAAAGAUAGCCAUGUAGUUAGUGGAGGGAGAAAAUCAACCCAAGAAAGGCUCACAGUGGGGCUCUUGCCUCAGGAUGGCUACCUGUGGGGUGAACAUUUCACUGAGAAUUUAGCAGCACAAAAAGAGGGAAUGGCUUAUUAAAAUGCCAGUACUAUGGCAAAUUGUAGUGUAGACAAGCCCAGAGAGGAAGGUCUGCAUUCCCCUCAGCACCCAGCCUUACUUAGUUUGUAAAUAGACAUUAUAGUCCUUAUUACUGCUAGAUUCUUAAAAAUAAAACAAAACUGGAACCAACUUGAAACAUUCCUUAUGAACUGUGAACAUCUCACAUGGUGCUUUGCCUCCCAAGAAAACCAUUUGGGUUCCUUUGUCGAGGGCCAAGCCUACGCAUGCCUUGUAUGAGUUCUCCAACCAGAAUGAGGACGACAUGGCUUCUCACACAAAUCCUGGGCAUCUUCAAUUCUACUUUCUCCAGGAUAGAUGGAAAUGGAUAGGAGAGGCACAGUGGGAAUGGAGAUUCCAGUGUUCAGCCUAAGCUAUGAUUUGCAUUAAUGUAGUGAAAAGGUACUAAAUAGUAUUUUAUUACCUAUGUGUAUUUUUGCCCCAUGAGGUUUUAUUCUGUUUAGUGAACCAUUAUUAUAGUCAAAACCCACAAUCUCUCACUUUAAAUGUGCCUGCUGUUUAGUUAGCACCUCAGCUAUCUCUAGUGAUCAUAUUUACAAUGAAUAUAUGCUCUGAAGCAAAGGUAGAAAGCCUCCUGCAGUCUUUUAAUUGGAUGUGCUGUUAUAAUUAACUUCCUAACCAACAGCUCCUAUGAUCUGAUUUCCUGUGGUUUGUCUGCACUGGCUGCAGCUGGUGUAGGCCAGUUGCCAAGAGAGGCCAUUAAGCACCACUAGAAAUUGCCUCUAUCCAGGAUGGGGACUGUUUCCCCAUUAGUCAGAAAAGCCAAAGGAUGGAAAGUAGGCCAGUGACUGAAUUCUAGAAACUUGAAGCUGCCCGUAGAAUGGUUCAAGAAGUUGUGGGUGUCCAGAUGUUGAACUAUAGAACUCCAUAAUCUCCUCCAUUGGCUAUGCUGCACAGGACUGAUGGGAAUUUGGGGCCAAAAACAUCUGGAAGACCCAAACUUCUCCUUGGUACAGAAGCGGCAUUUGAGAUGAUGCGGAAAUGUAUUGGAGGGAUGGAGGAUUUUUGCUUUUGUAUUCCUUUUAAAUUUCCAUCCUGGAAUAUUUAAAUGUUUAAGAUGUUUCCUUGUUAUUGUACUGUACUUGGGCAUAGUGUGCAGAGAUGGGUUUUUGUGUGUGAUAAAAGUGAUGUCACUGCAGUUUAAAAGCUUCAGGGAAUGUCUAGACUACAUAAAAACAGAUGCCACAUGGAGUGUGCUCUUUCCACACAGUUGUCACAUAAACUGUCAAGUCAUGAGGAUGUGAUACAAGGGAACCUGUUCAUUCAGUUGGAAGAAGACAUAGUGCAGACCCUGCUUGGCAAAUUGUCUAUAAUACACUCUCUGAAAUAGGUUUCAGAUUAAAGUAAACAACCAGAUAGUUGAACAUUGUACUUUUUUGUUUUUAAAAGCCCCAACUGUUGUAUGAUUUAGUGCAUAAUUGUUCAAACACUGCUUUAAAAAAACAAAUAGAAAAGCAAUCAGUUCACCAAGAAGCUUGACAGAAUGGCCAACCAUCAUCAUGAAGAAAUCUUAGGUUACAAGGAUGCUUCCUAUGGGAAGGGAAAGGGACACAGCUUAUUCCACAUGGUUAAUUCUUUCUUAAAGCCCAUGCUCCAUGUUGUUUCAUGUUUUUAUGUACUACAACUCCUAUAAUCCUUCAGCAAGCAUGAGUUGAGGAAUUAAGGGAAAUGUAGUCAAAAAAGCAGUUUUUCGAAGUUUCCAACUCAUACAUUCAGAAGCAGUUUUUGCUUCAGAAUGAACUGGGUAGCAUCUUGUUAUUGUGAUUUUUUGCACCACAGGGCAGCUAUGGAGAAUCAUGGAAAAAUGUGACAGCUUGCAUUGGCAUCUGAACGCAAAAGAAGUGAAGAUGUACAUGUCUGUGCCCAUUUGUAACAUUGUACUAUAUAAUUGAAAAGUUUUACUGUGUAGUUUUGUAAUGUGAUUGAAAUAUUUCUGAGAU